AUGUUGUUGCAGGUGCUGCUAUACGAGGAUGCACUGACGCCAUCUCGAUCCUGGGGUGCUGCUUCGCCGCUGCUGUUUUACGCCAAGCCCAGCUAUACUGCACCACACGUUCAGUGUAUGUGCUCUGCCUCUUCGAAAAUGGUUGCCGGAAAAGGAAGCAACGCGCCAGCGAAAGGUACAUUUUUAUCAGUUUCAUCACCGAACUUUUCAAUUUUUGUCUGA